AUGCGAUUCCAUCGUCAAGGUGUCUCAGCCACCGUAGGCGUACUGCUGAUUAUUCUGUUCGGUUUCUGUUGGAAGUUAUCUGGAUCUUAUGGCAUAGUAUCAACUGCCCUACCACACAACGACUCUGCAACUAAAAUUUCAAAUGCACCUUCUAUACGGUGGGAUAAUUACCAUGAGUUUGUCAGAGACAUUGAUUUCGAUAACAGCACGGCUAUCUUCAAUUCCAUUCGAGCUGCUUUAAGACAAUCUCCAUCAGAUAUACAUCCUGUUGGUGUAUCUUAUUUCCCCGCCGUAAUCCCCAAGGGAACUUUAAUGUACCAUGCCGGAUCAAAAGUGCCAACCACUUUCGAAUGGCUAGCUAUGGACCACGAGUUCAGCUACUCUUUUGGCUUGAGGUCGCCAUCAUAUGGAAGAAAAUCUCUGGAAAGAAGGCAUGGGAGAUUCGGCAAUGGCACACAUGGCGAUCGUCCAAAGGGGCCACCACCACCAGACGAAAGAGGUCGUAGUUCUCAAAAGAUGCUUACUUAUAGAGCAGCACGGGACCUCAACAAAUUUCUUUAUCUUGAUGGGGCUUCCGCUGCGAAAACUGAUUCAGGAGAGAUGGACACGCAGCUAAUGUUGUCGAAUGUUAUCAAGAAGAAAUUGGACCUUCCAGAUGACGGUGAAAACGAACGAAUGGUAGAACGACUCUACGCCGCCAGAAUAUGUAAGUGGGGAAAACCGCUCGGGCUUGACGGAGUCAUUAGGGUGGAGGUUGGCUUUGAAGUCAUCUUGUGUGAUUUUUCGGCUGACAACGUCGAGCUCGUCUCAAUGCUAGACAUGGUUCAUCCGAACCAAUACCUGGGUCUGCCAUCACCUACCGUCAUAUCAAAGGAAGAGGGUUGGCCUCUAGAUGAGGACGGAAAUCUAGUUGAAGAUCAGCUAACGGAUGACCAAAAGGCGAUUCUCGAAAGAGAAGAUGGUUGGGAGAAGGCUUUAUCUAAUUUCAACGCCGUUAAGAGUUUCAAUUGGUUAAGAGCGGGUGCAGCUCAUGACAACGGGGAGCAUCGAAUCCAUAUUGACUACAGGUACCUAGUGAGCGGAAUAAACAGGACUUACAUUGCUCCUGAUCCUAACAACAGAAGAUUACUUGAUGAGGGAAUGACAUGGGAAAAACAACUGGAGAUGGUUGAUGAACUAGAGAAGGCUCUGGAAGUCGGGUUUGACGCCACACAAAGUAUGGACUGGCAAUUAGCAUUCGAUGAGCUUGUCAUUAAAUUUGCACCAUUGAUAAAAUCUGUUAGUAACAUACUGAACAGCGAUGGUGAUAUUAAUGAGUCAAUUGCCAUCAAUGCGACAGCACUCACGUUGAACUUUUGUCUUCGGUUUGAGGCUGCAAGUAACAACAGUGAUCAAUUCGGUAGUGGGAAAGAUUUUGCUCUAUACCAAUAUGUCAGUCCAUACCAGGACUUGAAAACGGAUGCAGACUUUUUGAUUUGGUCAUCUGCUGUCAGCGUUGUCGGAGAAAUUGUUGAUGUCAUUUAUAAAGUGAAUGAUUUAUUGAUACCUGAAGUUUACUCUUUUAUGAAAGAUAAUACAACUUCCAGAGACUUGCAAGAGCAUGUUGAAACGGCUCGCUCCGCUGUCGAUGGCUUAAUUGAAUCUUUAGGGUGGAUUGAGCUAAAUUACCGUUGUGAGACGCAAUGCAAUUGGGAUGAAGUUUGCUACACUCCUUCUUGGGGCCCAUCUCCAAUGGGCAUGACUGACCCAGAUUCCCAUAAUGAGGGAUUUGGAACGCACUUUGAUGAAUCUCGACAAAGAUUGGUUAUUAACAAUAAACUACAAUGUAUCAGUAUAAAUGAUUUGAUGGUUAAUCAUAACCAUUAA